AUGGCAGAAAGUAUUCUAGAUUUCAACAAAGAGCUCGACAUUGCUUUAUUAGAUCAGGUCGUACUGACCUUCUACACUGGCUCUGGUUCAAACCAACAAAUGGCACAGCAAUUACUGACGCAAUUUCAAGAUCACGUUGAUGCUUGGACUCGAGCUGACAAGAUUCUAGAGCAUUCCAAUGUACCUCAGACAAAGUUCAUCGCACUGCAGAUCUUGGAGAAAUUUAUCACGACAAGAUGGAAUACGUUACCGAUAGAGACUAAACAGGCUAUCCGAUGUUUCAUUGUUGAUAUGGUUAUCAAAUCAUCCUCAGAUGAGGCAACACUUUAUAACGAGCGCACUUUUAUUAACAAAUUGAACAUGGUAUUAGUUCAGAUACUGAAGCAGGAUUGGCCCUAUCACUGGCCAUCUUUUAUCCCGGAAAUCGUUGCUUCAAGCAAAACAAACAUGUCCUUAUGCGAGAAUAACAUGAACAUUUUGAAGCUAUUAAGUGAAGAAAUAUUUGACUAUUCUGCAGAGCAAAUGAUACAUUUGAAAACAUCCAACCUUCGACAGUCGAUAUGCAAUGAAUUCUCUGAAAUAUUUCAUUUAUGCGUAGAAAUACUAGAUAGUGUAUCAAAAGCAAGUCUGAUCAAGGCCACUCUAGAGACAUUGUUGAGGUUCUUGAGUUGGAUUCCUAUUGGCUAUAUCUUUGAAACCAACCUUAUACAACUCUUGACCAAGUUUAUGGACAUGCAACAGUAUCGUAAUGUUACUUUGAAAUGUCUCAUGGAAAUAGGCAGUUUAUCAGGUGUGGAUGAAUAUAAUGAAAAGCUACUUUCUCUCUUUACACAAGUGAUGGGAUCAAUCAAUACUGCAAUACCUUCCAACACAGAUAUUGCAUCUCUAUACGAAAACAGUUCUAAUGACGAUCAACAAUUCAUUCAAAAUCUAGCCUUGUUUUUAACUAGCUUCUUGGAAGCACAUGUAGAGAUAGUCGAGAGGACGUCAGAAUGUCAUAAUCUACUGAACAGUGCUCACGUUCACUUGAUCAACAUAUCACGGAUUGAAGAUCGUGAAGUGUUUAAGGUCUGCUUAGAGUAUUGGACCAAGCUAGUGAGAUCAUUAUACGAUGAAGCCGCGAAUCUAAGGCUAUACAACCACUCUAUUCAUCCAACUGAAGAGCGACCCUGGCCAAGGAAAAGCAUUUACGCCGAUAUUCUUUCCAGCCUUCGUGUAGUCAUGAUUGAAAAGAUGGUAAAGCCAGAAGAAGUGUUGAUCGUAGAGAAUGACGAAGGAGAAAUCGUCCGCGAGUUUAUAAAGGAGAGCGACACAAUUAUAUUGUAUAAAAACAUAAAAGAAGUCUUAGUCUAUCUUACUAACUUGGACGUUGCCGAUACGGAAAUGAUCAUGACAAAAAAGCUGCAGCGGCAAAUGGAUGGCAGCGAAUGGUCUUGGCAAAACUUGAAUAAGCUCUGUUGGGCCAUUGGAUCUAUCUCAGGGGCAAUGAAUGUUGAUACUGAAAAGCAUUUUUUGGUGACAGUGAUCAAAGAUCUAUUGAGUCUCUGUGAACAGAAACGAGGAAAGGCAAAUAAGGCAGUUGUUGCUUCGAAUGUCAUGUAUUGCGUAGGACAGUACCCAAGAUUCUUGAAAUCCCACUGGCAGUUCUUGAAAAUAGUCAUUCAUAAGCUGUUUGAAUUUAUGCAUGAACCUCAUGAAGGCGUACAAGAUAUGGCAUGCGAUACGUUUAUCAAGAUUUCACAAGAGUGCAGUCGACAUUUUAUUAUUCAACAAACAGGCGAAGUCUCUCCGUUUAUCGAUGAAAUAAUACAUAAUAUGGAAGAUAUCACUUGUCGCCUCACACCACAACAGGUUCAAACAUUUUAUGAGGCAGUAGGCUACAUGAUCUCAGCGCAGUCCAACAAAAUUAUCCAAGAAAAGUUGAUUACCAAGUUUAUGAGUAUACCUAAUAUGCUUUGGCAGAAUGCUAUUCUCUCUGUGAAAAACAGUUCAACAAUUUUGAAACAGCCACAGCAAGUCAAAGUUUUGACCAACAUAUUGAAAGUAAACAUUGCUGCCUGCUCUUCCAUUGGACAUGGUUAUAUUAGUCAAUUAGGCGUCAUAUACUCAGAUAUGUUGGAACUAUAUCACACUGCCGAAAUGAUAAUAAUUCAAUUGCUUGCUGAGCAAGGAAAUAUUGCAGUCAAGACACCCAAUGUUCGUGGAUUGCGAUCAGUGAGAAAGGAUAUUUUACAGCUUAUAAACACCUUUGUGGGUUGUGCGACUGAACUUGACUCUAUUCAACAAAAUAUGAUCACUCCAUUUUUUGAAGUUGUUCUCACAAGCUACAACAGUAGUCCAGAUAUUAUUAAAGAAGCUUAUGUACUUGAAGUGCUUGCAAACUUGGUGGAUAAGCUCGAUACAUUGAUGAUACCGCAUAUUCCUCUGGUGCUUGAAUCCACAUUUGAACCUACAUUAAACAUGAUUACAAAAGACUUUACUGAAUACCCAGAGCAUAGAGAAGGGUUUUAUCAUUUACUACGAUCGAUCAAUCGACACUGCUUUCCAGCUCUUCUUGAACUGUCACCUGAUCGAUUCAAAUUGAUUAUUGACAGUAUUGUCUGGGGAUUCAAGCAUACGUUGCGUCAUAUUGCGGACCUCAGCUUGGGCAUAUGUGAAGAACUGAUACAAAAUAUCAACGCAACUGAUUCCACCAUUGCAGACGCGUUCUACCAGUCUUAUUACUUGAGUAUCCUGCAGGAUAUAUUCUUUGUUUUAACAGACGGAGAUCACAAGAGUGGCUUCAAAGGGCAAACUGAGAUGCUGGCUCUAUUGUUUAGCCUGGUGACAACUAAUUCAAUAACCAUGCCAUUAUACAAUCCUUCAGAAGUGACAGAUGAAAACAUGGACAAUGUAAAAUUUUUAAAAGACUAUGUAUCAACACUCUUACAGAAUGCAUUCCCGCAUCUUAAAAGGGGACAGAUCACUGUCUUCAUUGAUGCUAUGCUCGAAUACAAUAAUACUCUUCCAAAAUUUAAACUAGAAGUGCGCGAUUUUCUCAUUCAACUGAAAGAAUUUGCUGGAGAGAAUACGGAGCUUUAUUUAGAAGAAAAAGAAGCAGAGAUGGAAAGAAAGAGAAGAGAGGAAAGAGAAAACGCUCUGCGUAUACCUGGUAUGAUUAAACCAUCUGACUUAUCUCUUAUGGGGUAA